AUGGACAUUCCAGUUGACCCGUUUAUUCUCGCCAACGACGGAGAUUGGAUGAUUGGAGAAUUGCAGUCCAUGUACCCGGAAAACCAGUUCACCGCAUUGCAGACGAGUUGUCCGUAUCCUGACCCUCCCAUCGCUCUGUGCGACACAAGUGUUUACACCCCCGGUUCCAACGCGCAGGCCGAAAGGCAGGAUAGCAGUUCUCGAUCGGUCAGCCCACACGACCAAGGACAUACGCCAAUCUCAUAUGACUACGCCGAAGCUAACGUUCCGUCGCGCGAUAGCCCGCCGGAGCCCUCCACCGGCAGUCAGCGGUCGAAACUAGGCAAGCGAAAACCGCAACGGUCGGAUGAACUGCCAUCAAAACGGGCUCGACAUACUAUAUCCGGCCCAAAGGAAGAUACAUCGUAUUCAGCACUUCGUACUCAUUAUUUGACUGCAUCCCUCGACGAACAGCUGCAGUUUCUCAGUUGGCUAUUCCAAGGCGCAGCAUCGCGCAGCUCCGUUGAAUCGGAUCCAGAAACAUCGACGGAAAAAGAUGAGAGGCCAGCAGGUGAGAUGGAUCAUCCAUCCAGUCGCCUUGAGCACCGUGGAGCCUCCAGGAGAGGCAAGAAGUGGUCCGAUAAGGAGAAGGCCUUCUUGCAGGAGCUAAGAAGUGAUAAGAGCAAAUCCUGGUCAGAAGUGGCCAGAGAGUUCUCGAUGGAAUUUCCGGGCAGAAGUAGGGGCUCGAUGCAGGUACAGUGGUCUACAAAGUGGAAGACUUAA